AUGGAUCUCAGCCCAUGGCUAAAACGUAUUCAGACAAUCCAGAACUCGCUAAGUAUGCAUACUGGCGCUCCAGGAGGGGGUCAGUGUACAAACGCACGAGCAUGCUCAACUCGACGCAUUUGUGAAGUGUUUGCACCUCUUCCGCCAGCGGUCCAAAGAAGCGUGUAUGUGUCUCAGCGUAUGACUACAACGUAUUCACACCACCCAGAACCCGCUAAGUAUGCAUACUGGCGCUCCAGGAGGGGGUCAGUGUACAAACGCACGAGCAUGCUCAACUCGACACUUAAUGGGGUGGUCGGGAAGUCUAAUGAAGCCUUUAUGGAUCUCAGCCCAUGGCUAAAACGUAUUCAGACAAUCCAGAACUCGCUAAGUAUGCAUACUGGCGCUCCAGGAGGGGGUCAGUGUACAAACGCACGAGCAUGCUCAACUCGACGCAUUUGUGAAGUGUUUGCACCUCUUCCGCCAGCGGUCCAAAGAAGCGUGUAUGUGUCUCAGCGUAUGACUACAACGUAUUCACACCACCCAGAACCCGCUAAAAGCGUGUAUGUGUCUCAGCGUAUGACUACAACGUAUUCACACCACCCAGAACCCGCUAAGUAUGCAUACUGGCGCUCCAGGAGGGGGUCAGUGUACAAACGCACGAGCAUGCUCAACUCGACACUUAAUGGGGUGGUCGGGAAGUCUAAUGAAGCCUUUAUGGAUCUCAGCCCAUGGCUAAAACGUAUUCAGACAAUCCAGAACUCGCUAAGUAUGCAUACUGGCGCUCCAGGAGGGGGUCAGUGUACAAACGCACGAGCAUGCUCAACUCGACGCAUUUGUGAAGUGUUUGCACCUCUUCCGCCAGCGGUCCAAAGAAGCGUGUAUGUGUCUCAGCGUAUGACUACAACGUAUUCACACCACCCAGAACCCGCUAAGUAUGCAUACUGGCGCUCCAGGAGGGGGUCAGUGUACAAACGCACGAGCAUGCUCAACUCGACACUUAAUGGGGUGGUCGGGAAGUCUAAUGAAGCCUUUAUGGAUCUCAGCCCAUGGCUAAAACGUAUUCAGACAAUCCAGAACUCGCUAAGUAUGCAUACUGGCGCUCCAGGAGGGGUUAAUGGGGUGGUCGGGAAGUCUAAUGAAGCCUUUAUGGAUCUCAGCCCAUGGCUAAAACGUAUUCAGACAAUCCAGAACUCGCUAAGUAUGCAUACUGGCGCUCCAGGAGGGGGUCAGUGUACAAACGCACGAGCAUGCUCAACUCGACGCAUUUGUGAAGUGUUUGCACCUCUUCCGCCAGCGGUCCAAAGAAGCGUGUAUGUGUCUCAGCGUAUGACUACAACGUAUUCACACCACCCAGAACCCGCUAAAAGCGUGUAUGUGUCUCAGCGUAUGACUACAACGUAUUCACACCACCCAGAACCCGCUAAGUAUGCAUACUGGCGCUCCAGGAGGGGGUCAGUGUACAAACGCACGAGCAUGCUCAACUCGACACUUAAUGGGGUGGUCGGGAAGUCUAAUGAAGCCUUUAUGGAUCUCAGCCCAUGGCUAAAACGUAUUCAGACAAUCCAGAACUCGCUAAGUAUGCAUACUGGCGCUCCAGGAGGGGGUCAGUGUACAAACGCACGAGCAUGCUCAACUCGACGCAUUUGUGAAGUGUUUGCACCUCUUCCGCCAGCGGUCCAAAGAAGCGUGUAUGUGUCUCAGCGUAUGACUACAACGUAUUCACACCACCCAGAACCCGCUAAAAGCGUGUAUGUGUCUCAGCGUAUGACUACAACGUAUUCACACCACCCAGAACCCGCUAAGUAUGCAUACUGGCGCUCCAGGAGGGGGUCAGUGUACAAACGCACGAGCAUGCUCAACUCGACACUUAAUGGGGUGGUCGGGAAGUCUAAUGAAGCCUUUAUGGAUCUCAGCCCAUGGCUAAAACGUAUUCAGACAAUCCAGAACUCGCUAAGUAUGCAUACUGGCGCUCCAGGAGGGGGUCAGUGUACAAACGCACGAGCAUGCUCAACUCGACGCAUUUGUGAAGUGUUUGCACCUCUUCCGCCAGCGGUCCAAAGAAGCGUGUAUGUGUCUCAGCGUAUGACUACAACGUAUUCACACCACCCAGAACCCGCUAAAAGCGUGUAUGUGUCUCAGCGUAUGACUACAACGUAUUCACACCACCCAGAACCCGCUAAGUAUGCAUACUGGCGCUCCAGGAGGGGGUCAGUGUACAAACGCACGAGCAUGCUCAACUCGACACUUAAUGGGGUGGUCGGGAAGUCUAAUGAAGCCUUUAUGGAUCUCAGCCCAUGGCUAAAACGUAUUCAGACAAUCCAGAACUCGCUAAGUAUGCAUACUGGCGCUCCAGGAGGGGGUCAGUGUACAAACGCACGAGCAUGCUCAACUCGACGCAUUUGUGAAGUGUUUGCACCUCUUCCGCCAGCGGUCCAAAGAAGCGUGUAUGUGUCUCAGCGUAUGACUACAACGUAUUCACACCACCCAGAACCCGCUAAAAGCGUGUAUGUGUCUCAGCGUAUGACUACAACGUAUUCACACCACCCAGAACCCGCUAAGUAUGCAUACUGGCGCUCCAGGAGGGGGUCAGUGUACAAACGCACGAGCAUGCUCAACUCGACACUUAAUGGGGUGGUCGGGAAGUCUAAUGAAGCCUUUAUGGAUCUCAGCCCAUGGCUAAAACGUAUUCAGACAAUCCAGAACUCGCUAAGUAUGCAUACUGGCGCUCCAGGAGGGGGUCAGUGUACAAACGCACGAGCAUGCUCAACUCGACGCAUUUGUGAAGUGUUUGCACCUCUUCCGCCAGCGGUCCAAAGAAGCGUGUAUGUGUCUCAGCGUAUGACUACAACGUAUUCACACCACCCAGAACCCGCUAAGUAUGCAUACUGGCGCUCCAGGAGGGGGUCAGUGUACAAACGCACGAGCAUGCUCAACUCGACACUUAAUGGGGUGGUCGGGAAGUCUAAUGAAGCCUUUAUGGAUCUCAGCCCAUGGCUAAAACGUAUUCAGACAAUCCAGAACUCGCUAAGUAUGCAUACUGGCGCUCCAGGAGGGGGUCAGUGUACAAACGCACGAGCAUGCUCAACUCGACGCAUUUGUGAAGUGUUUGCACCUCUUCCGCCAGCGGUCCAAAGAAGCGUGUAUGUGUCUCAGCGUAUGACUACAACGUAUUCACACCACCCAGAACCCGCUAAGUAUGCAUACUGGCGCUCCAGGAGGGGGUCAGUGUACAAACGCACGAGCAUGCUCAACUCGACACUUAAUGGGGUGGUCGGGAAGUCUAAUGAAGCCUUUAUGGAUCUCAGCCCAUGGCUAAAACGUAUUCAGACAAUCCAGAACUCGCUAAGUAUGCAUACUGGCGCUCCAGGAGGGGGUCAGUGUACAAACGCACGAGCAUGCUCAACUCGACGCAUUUGUGAAGUGUUUGCACCUCUUCCGCCAGCGGUCCAAAGAAGCGUGUAUGUGUCUCAGCGUAUGACUACAACGUAUUCACACCACCCAGAACCCGCUAACCAUGCUAAACGUAUUCACAAUCCAGAACCGCUAAGUAUGCAUACUGGCGCUCCAGGAGGGGGUCAGUUUAAUGGGGUGGUCGGGAAGUCUAAUGAAGCCUUUAUGGAUCUCAGCCCAUGGCUAAAACGUAUUCAGACAAUCCAGAACUCGCUAAGUAUGCAUACUGGCGCUCCAGGAGGGGGUCAGUGUACAAACGCACGAGCAUGCUCAACUCGACGCAUUUGUGAAGUGUUUGCACCUCUUCCGCCAGCGGUCCAAAGAAGCGUGUAUGUGUCUCAGCGUAUGACUACAACGUAUUCACACCACCCAGAACCCGCUAAAAGCGUGUAUGUGUCUCAGCGUAUGACUACAACGUAUUCACACCACCCAGAACCCGCUAAGUAUGCAUACUGGCGCUCCAGGAGGGGGUCAGUGUACAAACGCACGAGCAUGCUCAACUCGACACUUAAUGGGGUGGUCGGGAAGUCUAAUGAAGCCUUUAUGGAUCUCAGCCCAUGGCUAAAACGUAUUCAGACAAUCCAGAACUCGCUAAGUAUGCAUACUGGCGCUCCAGGAGGGGGUCAGUGUACAAACGCACGAGCAUGCUCAACUCGACGCAUUUGUGAAGUGUUUGCACCUCUUCCGCCAGCGGUCCAAAGAAGCGUGUAUGUGUCUCAGCGUAUGACUACAACGUAUUCACACCACCCAGAACCCGCUAAAAGCGUGUAUGUGUCUCAGCGUAUGACUACAACGUAUUCACACCACCCAGAACCCGCUAAGUAUGCAUACUGGCGCUCCAGGAGGGGGUCAGUGUACAAACGCACGAGCAUGCUCAACUCGACACUUAAUGGGGUGGUCGGGAAGUCUAAUGAAGCCUUUAUGGAUCUCAGCCCAUGGCUAAAACGUAUUCAGACAAUCCAGAACUCGCUAAGUAUGCAUACUGGCGCUCCAGGAGGGGGUCAGUGUACAAACGCACGAGCAUGCUCAACUCGACGCAUUUGUGAAGUGUUUGCACCUCUUCCGCCAGCGGUCCAAAGAAGCGUGUAUGUGUCUCAGCGUAUGACUACAACGUAUUCACACCACCCAGAACCCGCUAAAAGCGUGUAUGUGUCUCAGCGUAUGACUACAACGUAUUCACACCACCCAGAACCCGCUAAGUAUGCAUACUGGCGCUCCAGGAGGGGGUCAGUGUACAAACGCACGAGCAUGCUCAACUCGACACUUAAUGGGGUGGUCGGGAAGUCUAAUGAAGCCUUUAUGGAUCUCAGCCCAUGGCUAAAACGUAUUCAGACAAUCCAGAACUCGCUAAGUAUGCAUACUGGCGCUCCAGGAGGGGGUCAGUGUACAAACGCACGAGCAUGCUCAACUCGACGCAUUUGUGAAGUGUUUGCACCUCUUCCGCCAGCGGUCCAAAGAAGCGUGUAUGUGUCUCAGCGUAUGACUACAACGUAUUCACACCACCCAGAACCCGCUAAAAGCGUGUAUGUGUCUCAGCGUAUGACUACAACGUAUUCACACCACCCAGAACCCGCUAAGUAUGCAUACUGGCGCUCCAGGAGGGGGUCAGUGUACAAACGCACGAGCAUGCUCAACUCGACACUUAAUGGGGUGGUCGGGAAGUCUAAUGAAGCCUUUAUGGAUCUCAGCCCAUGGCUAAAACGUAUUCAGACAAUCCAGAACUCGCUAAGUAUGCAUACUGGCGCUCCAGGAGGGGGUCAGUGUACAAACGCACGAGCAUGCUCAACUCGACGCAUUUGUGAAGUGUUUGCACCUCUUCCGCCAGCGGUCCAAAGAAGCGUGUAUGUGUCUCAGCGUAUGACUACAACGUAUUCACACCACCCAGAACCCGCUAAGUAUGCAUACUGGCGCUCCAGGAGGGGGUCAGUGUACAAACGCACGAGCAUGCUCAACUCGACACUUAAUGGGGUGGUCGGGAAGUCUAAUGAAGCCUUUAUGGAUCUCAGCCCAUGGCUAAAACGUAUUCAGACAAUCCAGAACUCGCUAAGUAUGCAUACUGGCGCUCCAGGAGGGGGUCAGUGUACAAACGCACGAGCAUGCUCAACUCGACGCAUUUGUGAAGUGUUUGCACCUCUUCCGCCAGCGGUCCAAAGAAGCGUGUAUGUGUCUCAGCGUAUGACUACAACGUAUUCACACCACCCAGAACCCGCUAAAAGCGUGUAUGUGUCUCAGCGUAUGACUACAACGUAUUCACACCACCCAGAACCCGCUAAGUAUGCAUACUGGCGCUCCAGGAGGGGGUCAGUGUACAAACGCACGAGCAUGCUCAACUCGACACUUAAUGGGGUGGUCGGGAAGUCUAAUGAAGCCUUUAUGGAUCUCAGCCCAUGGCUAAAACGUAUUCAGACAAUCCAGAACUCGCUAAGUAUGCAUACUGGCGCUCCAGGAGGGGGUCAGUGUACAAACGCACGAGCAUGCUCAACUCGACGCAUUUGUGAAGUGUUUGCACCUCUUCCGCCAGCGGUCCAAAGAAGCGUGUAUGUGUCUCAGCGUAUGACUACAACGUAUUCACACCACCCAGAACCCGCUAAUGUUUGCCCCUCGUCCGCCACAGUUAAUGGGGUGGUCGGGAAGUCUAAUGAAGCCUUUAUGGAUCUCAGCCCAUGGCUAAAACGUAUUCAGACAAUCCAGAACUCGCUAAGUAUGCAUACUGGCGCUCCAGGAGGGGGUCAGUGUACAAACGCACGAGCAUGCUCAACUCGACGCAUUUGUGAAGUGUUUGCACCUCUUCCGCCAGCGGUCCAAAGAAGCGUGUAUGUGUCUCAGCGUAUGACUACAACGUAUUCACACCACCCAGAACCCGCUAAAAGCGUGUAUGUGUCUCAGCGUAUGACUACAACGUAUUCACACCACCCAGAACCCGCUAAGUAUGCAUACUGGCGCUCCAGGAGGGGGUCAGUGUACAAACGCACGAGCAUGCUCAACUCGACACUUAAUGGGGUGGUCGGGAAGUCUAAUGAAGCCUUUAUGGAUCUCAGCCCAUGGCUAAAACGUAUUCAGACAAUCCAGAACUCGCUAAGUAUGCAUACUGGCGCUCCAGGAGGGGGUCAGUGUACAAACGCACGAGCAUGCUCAACUCGACGCAUUUGUGAAGUGUUUGCACCUCUUCCGCCAGCGGUCCAAAGAAGCGUGUAUGUGUCUCAGCGUAUGACUACAACGUAUUCACACCACCCAGAACCCGCUAAAAGCGUGUAUGUGUCUCAGCGUAUGACUACAACGUAUUCACACCACCCAGAACCCGCUAAGUAUGCAUACUGGCGCUCCAGGAGGGGGUCAGUGUACAAACGCACGAGCAUGCUCAACUCGACACUUAAUGGGGUGGUCGGGAAGUCUAAUGAAGCCUUUAUGGAUCUCAGCCCAUGGCUAAAACGUAUUCAGACAAUCCAGAACUCGCUAAGUAUGCAUACUGGCGCUCCAGGAGGGGGUCAGUGUACAAACGCACGAGCAUGCUCAACUCGACGCAUUUGUGAAGUGUUUGCACCUCUUCCGCCAGCGGUCCAAAGAAGCGUGUAUGUGUCUCAGCGUAUGACUACAACGUAUUCACACCACCCAGAACCCGCUAAAAGCGUGUAUGUGUCUCAGCGUAUGACUACAACGUAUUCACACCACCCAGAACCCGCUAAGUAUGCAUACUGGCGCUCCAGGAGGGGGUCAGUGUACAAACGCACGAGCAUGCUCAACUCGACACUUAAUGGGGUGGUCGGGAAGUCUAAUGAAGCCUUUAUGGAUCUCAGCCCAUGGCUAAAACGUAUUCAGACAAUCCAGAACUCGCUAAGUAUGCAUACUGGCGCUCCAGGAGGGGGUCAGUGUACAAACGCACGAGCAUGCUCAACUCGACGCAUUUGUGAAGUGUUUGCACCUCUUCCGCCAGCGGUCCAAAGAAGCGUGUAUGUGUCUCAGCGUAUGACUACAACGUAUUCACACCACCCAGAACCCGCUAAGUAUGCAUACUGGCGCUCCAGGAGGGGGUCAAACCCGCUAAGUAUGCAUACUGGCGCUCCAGGAGGGGGUCAGUGUACAAACGCACGAGCAUGCUCAACUCGACGCAUUUGUGAAGUGUUUGCACCUCUUCCGCCAGCGGUCCAAAGAAGCGUGUAUGUGUCUCAGCGUAUGACUACAACGUAUUCACACCACCCAGAACCCGCUAAGUAUGCAUACUGGCGCUCCAGGAGGGGGUCAGUGUACAAACGCACGAGCAUGCUCAACUCGACACUUAAUGGGGUGGUCGGGGAGUCUAAUGAAGCCUUUAUGGAUCUCAGCCCAUGGCUAAAACGUAUUCAGACAAUCCAGAACUCGCUAAGUAUGCAUACUGGCGCUCCAGGAGGGGGUCAGUUUAAUGGGGUGGUCGGGAAGUCUAAUGAAGCCUUUAUGGAUCUCAGCCCAUGGCUAAAACGUAUUCAGACAAUCCAGAACUCGCUAAGUAUGCAUACUGGCGCUCCAGGAGGGGGUCAGUGUACAAACGCACGAGCAUGCUCAACUCGACGCAUUUGUGAAGUGUUUGCACCUCUUCCGCCAGCGGUCCAAAGAAGCGUGUAUGUGUCUCAGCGUAUGACUACAACGUAUUCACACCACCCAGAACCCGCUAAAAGCGUGUAUGUGUCUCAGCGUAUGACUACAACGUAUUCACACCACCCAGAACCCGCUAAGUAUGCAUACUGGCGCUCCAGGAGGGGGUCAGUGUACAAACGCACGAGCAUGCUCAACUCGACACUUAAUGGGGUGGUCGGGAAGUCUAAUGAAGCCUUUAUGGAUCUCAGCCCAUGGCUAAAACGUAUUCAGACAAUCCAGAACUCGCUAAGUAUGCAUACUGGCGCUCCAGGAGGGGGUCAGUGUACAAACGCACGAGCAUGCUCAACUCGACGCAUUUGUGAAGUGUUUGCACCUCUUCCGCCAGCGGUCCAAAGAAGCGUGUAUGUGUCUCAGCGUAUGACUACAACGUAUUCACACCACCCAGAACCCGCUAAGUAUGCAUACUGGCGCUCCAGGAGGGGGUCAGUGUACAAACGCACGAGCAUGCUCAACUCGACACUUAAUGGGGUGGUCGGGAAGUCUAAUGAAGCCUUUAUGGAUCUCAGCCCAUGGCUAAAACGUAUUCAGACAAUCCAGAACUCGCUAAGUAUGCAUACUGGCGCUCCAGGAGGGGGUCAGUGUACAAACGCACGAGCAUGCUCAACUCGACGCAUUUGUGAAGUGUUUGCACCUCUUCCGCCAGCGGUCCAAAGAAGCGUGUAUGUGUCUCAGCGUAUGACUACAACGUAUUCACACCACCCAGAACCCGCUAACGGUCCAAAGAAGCGUGUAUGUGUCUCAGCGUAUGACUACAACGUAUUCACACCACCCAGAACCCGCUAA